CGCAUGCGCUGAUAUGCAAGAUGACCGGCCGAUUUCAGGAAAUUUCCCCCCGAUAAGUAUUCAUUGUUCAGCAGAGCGUCGAAGCGAGAGUAUUCACGCUGUCAGCUGGGCACUUCACGGUUCUUAAGCCAACAUGAAGGUUUUCGUGGUUCUUUCCACCUUGAUGGUGGCUGCUUCAGCAACUUAUUGUUACAAAAAUGUCAAUGAGAUUUGUGACCAAAGUCAUUACAAAAGUGAUGUUCCAUUGGAAAAUUGUAAUGCCACAUAUGGACACUUUGACAAAAUACGUGUCAAGCUCGAACAAUAUGCCAAUGCUCAGAUUGAGGCGAGUUUCAAAUACUUGCUGAUGUCAAGUUACUUUGGGAAUUUCAUGAGUAAUCGUGAUGGAUUCAAAGGUUUCUACAGAAAAUUGUCUGACGAAGCAUGGGAUGACGCAAAAGAUUUAAUCAAAUUUAUCACUCAGCGUGGUGGAACUAUGAACUUUAAUAAUGAAGCAAAGUUCUGGAGCAAAGAUAACGAAAAGGUUUUGCAGAUUAAAGACAAUCUGGCCGAAUUUGACAGUAUGAGUAAUGUUUUGGACAACUACAAGAAGUUGGCAGACGAAGCCUUGAAAAUACAUGCAGAAACUGCAAAGCAUACUGAGGUAGAUGGAUCCGUUGCUCACUAUUUUGAAGAAAGAUUCUUCAGCCGGCAAGCAAAAACUGUGCACACCUUGGCUGGUUAUGUUAAUGAUCUCAAGCGAUUCUUUUCGGAUCCCGAUGCAUCUCUUGCAGUAUUCCUUUUCGAUGAAUAUUUGCAGAAAUCCAUGUAAAUUUUUCCCAAGUUAUAAUGUUGUCAAUUUAUUUUAUCAUCAUAAUGUAUAGACGGUGAUGAUGACCAUACAGAUUAGUUUUUGUUUUUCAUUCCCUGUUCUCUGUAAUAUAGACUAAACAGUUUGCUAUUAUCAUUACAUUGAUUUCAGUGAAUUUUAGUUAACACAGUAACUAGGGUAACUAGCCAUGUGAAACUACAUUUACACUACAUACUUGUAAAAGGUACCAAUGAAAUGAAAUAAAAUUUUGUAGC